CUCUUUGGGAUAAAUAAUUUGAUUUUUCUAUUCUUAAUUCAUGAGUUUAUGUGCUUUUUGUUCACCAUGACGUUGAAUGUCUUUGAAAGUAAAGUCUCCUUCAAGCCCAUUUUCGGGAGCCGUCUUUAACGAAAUCGCCUAUCUUCGGGUCAUUGUCUCUUCUAGAUAGCCAACAAUGGACUAAUACACCGAAUUCUCCCCAAUCAAUUCUCUAUUUGCCCCAAUUUACACACUCCGGCCAUCCCUCUCAUCUUCUUUUCUUCCUUCUCGUCGGCAAUCUAUAUAUGCACGUGACUUCGCGUUCGAAAUUGCCCAACUUUUUCGACUUCAAAUCCAGCAACAACAACGACAACAACCAGAUUAUCAACUGCUACGACUGCAAUUAACGGCGCAAUGGCAGCGCCAACGUCCAAUUCAGACCCUACAAGCACCGCCCAACAGAUUGAACCCCAGGGACCGUCGCCCUCGCCGCCACCCGCCGCGCCCGUCCCGCUGACCCCUGGCCCACGCGCCUCGCGACUGCAACAGGUCUUCUCCCAGGCGCUGCUACACACCAUCCGCACAAACUCCUAUGCCAACUUCUCUGCUUGCUUUCCGACGCCAGCUAAGCAUGUUCCGCGCAGUCUGGAGUCGGUGUGGAGACAGUUGAACGCGAAGCUGGAGGAGAGUGCGAGGGCAGAGUUUGAUGACAUCCUGCAUGAGAGAAAAGUGGUUAGGGGAUUGAACGAGCUGGACAGGCUUGUGGGAGAGGCCAAGUUGCGCAGAGAGAACGGCGAAGGGGCCAACAGCGUGCCGGCGCAUACUUUGACGGCGAAAGAGCUCUACCAGGCGCAUCUAGCACCGAUUCUAGCAAAAGCGCAGUCGUCUCUGGAAACUCAGACGCAAGAAGUGCAGAAAAAGAAUACUGAGCUUGCAUCGAGGAUCGAGUCUCAAAGACAAGAGAUCCAGCAGCUUCUCGCUACUCUCGAGGCCGUCGUCGGAGAUAUACAAGGUGCAGUGAAGUCAAUGGACGAGUUCGAUGAAGACAACAUCCUACGAAAAGAAGCAGAGCAAAUGGACGAAGAGAUACGGUCUUCGUAG